AUGGAAGAAGAAAGAAAGAAUGGAAAUCGAAAAGGCACCACAUUUUCUACUGAAGGAUGGAAAAAUUUAGAAGAAGGGAUGUUAAGGUUGACUAAAGAAAAGUAUACGAACUUACAAUUGAGGAAUAAAUUCAAUGGGUUGAGAGACAAAUAUAAAGCAUACAAAAAAUUUCUAUCCAACACUGGUUCAUCAUGGGACCCUGUAACUGGUCAGGUCACACUUACAGAUGCCCAAUGGGAGGAGACGGAAAAGCAAGUCAGGCAUGCCAAGCGGUUUCGGAAAAAAGGGUACAAACAUUAUGAUCUGCUUAAUAAGUUAUUUGGUUAUACAUAUGUAACUGGUAAUCGUGCUCAUCCUUCAAAUAGAAGCCCAUGUAUUAGUGGUGAUGAGGGAGAUGAAAAUCCUAAUGAGAUCAAUGAAGUGGUGGAUACUUCUCAUCAUAGGAGUCAGUCUCCUAACCUCACUCAUACAAGAUCAACUAAAGAGAGCUUUCAAAAGAUAAUUUCCUCUGCUAUGAGUGGAUUUGGUGAAUAUUUUAAGAAAAAGGCAGAGGCACUAGACAAGGGUGGAGGCUCAAGUGGUAUGUCUCAAGUUGAUCAAGACUCCGCUAAAGUUACUGAAUGCUUGCAAAUCUUAGAAGACAUGGGACCAAUUGAUGGAGACACAUUUUUCAAGACCCUAAAAUAA